UAUAGUUUUCCCUUUUUUUUUUUUGUCCUCUCCUUCAUUGCUACAUCUCUCCGUUCUUCUUCUCUCAUCCUCUCCCCCUCACCGGUUCUCUCUCCCCAAAAUACAGAUCAGGAUAUCUCUCUGCCUCUUUCCUUCUUGCUCUCGCCGCCUCCCCUCCCUUCAUAAGAUCCGGCGUCUCUUCGCCGUCGACCACCACCACGACCACCCUCAUCUCUCUAUCCAAUUUUUCUCUUUCACAACCCCGACCCCUUGUUCUCUCUCACUUCUCGCGGCCAUCCGGCGAGAGAUCGCCAUCACAGCCGGUUCCCGCCUCCUCCGGUCGCGCGCGACCACGCCCCGCCUCGGCUCCUUCGUCCGCCGACUCUGCGGUAGCAGCAGUUUCCAACGCCCAAUUUCCGUUAUUGCAGGCUUCGGGUUUGUGACUCGGGAGUACAAGAACUAUACACAUUGGAGUGACAUGGUUUACCACUCCAGUUUCGUUGACAUUGAAGACAUUACUAAAGCAUGUGGUUGCCCUCUACUUCCCCUAAAAAGCCACAUUAAAGGACCGGCUCCAGUCUCAGAACAAGAUUGCACUGAUAUUGUGGAUGAAGCAAUUACAUUCUUUCGUGCCAAUGUCUUUUUCAGAAACUUUGACAUCAAGAGUUUAGCUGAUAAGCUUCUUAUCUACUUAACAUUCUACAUAAAUCUUGCUCUGAAGAGGCUAGAAGGCUGUCGGACGUUGGCUGAAGGAACUAAAGCAAUUAUCAAUCUUGGACUGGAAAAGGUCCCUGUUCCCGGGGAGCAUGGAUUCCCAUUUCCAGGACUAUUUUCCCAGCCACAAUCUAAUGAAGAAGCAGAGCUCUUCAGAAAUUACUUGAAGCAGAUACGCGAGGAAACUAGUGGAAGAUUAUUGAGUGUGGCAUAUCGAUCCAAUGGAACUCCAAACAAAUGGUGGUUGGCAUUCGCGAAAAGGAAGUUCAUGAACGUUAUCACACCAUGAACAGAGACAACUACAGCGCAACAGCCUCAACGAACAAUCCACAUGCAUUUCCAGGUGAAGUUAGAUGGCCUGUUUUCCAUGUGAUCAUGUGCUGUAUGCUUUCUGACUUAUUUUGUUAGAUAGUAAAAUUGUAGCUCUAGUCAUGCAUAAAUACCGGUGGAGAGCCAAGUAUAAACUUGUUGUCAAAUAUUCCAGACUUUCUCAAAGUUCAUUGUGAUUGAAUCCAUCCCAGAACUGAAUUAAGUUCUUGUC